AUGGACUACGAGCUCUCGGAUAGCAGUGGUACAGAUGAUGACCUUCCGCCCUCUCAUCAAAAUAGAUUUCAAAGGGGAGGCCGAUCUUCUGGGAAUGGAAGAUCUGCAGCUGUGGGUUCUGCUUCAUUACCUAGGAUGCAUGGUGACAUGGAAACCCAAAUCCACCACAUUGAGCAAGAAGCAUACUGCUCGGUCCUGCGGGCUUUUAAAGCUCAAUCUGAUGCCAUCACCUGGGAUAAGGAAAGUUUAAUUACGGAACUUAGAAAGGAGCUGAGAGUAUCUGAUGAAGAACACAGAGAACUUUUGUCCAGGGUCAAUGCUGAUGACAUGAUCCGGAGGAUAAGGGAAUGGAGAAAAACAAGUGGGCUUCAACCUGGCACACUUACUGCUGCUCAGCCUGUUCAUGACCCCCUACCUAGUCCAACUGUUUCAGCAUCACGCAAGAAACAGAAAACAUCGCAGUCUGUAGCUUCCUUAUCGCUUGGUGCUCCAUCCCCCGCACUGCCUCCAUCCAUGCAACCGUCCUCAUCAGCCUUGAGACGAGGUCCUCCUCCAGGAGGUCGGACCAAGAAGCCAAAAUCAUCCUCUCAGUACCCUUCCACAAGUAUUACUGGAAGGCCCCAAGCCGCUAAUCGAGGUUCUUCUGGUGCCUUUGUGGCAAGUGAGCCUGCUGAGGGAGCAACUUAUGAUCCAUUAAUAGGAAGAAAAGUUUGGACAAGGUGGCCUGAAGACAACCACUUCUAUGAGGCUGUUAUAACUGAUUACAACCACGUUGAGGGCCGACACGCUCUGGUUUAUGAUAUUAAUACAGUGGAUGAGACAUGGGAAUGGGUCAAUCUAAAAGAGAUAUCUCCUGAAGAUAUUCGGUGGGAAGGUGAUGAUCCUGGGAUUUCUCGUAGAGGUGGUCGACCUGGACCUGGACCUGGCCGAGGGAUAAAAAAGUCCACAGCACGUGGUGGUGCAGUUUCAGGUGCAGGAAGAGGCAGAGGGGCCGCAAAGGGUCAGUCCAAGAAGGAUUUGCCUCCACAACAAAAUGGCAUUGGCAGGAAGGCAAUGAGCGAUAUUGAAAUACUUCAUACAGACUCUUUGAUUAAAGAGGUUGAAAAGGUUUUUGGAGCAAGCCAUCCUGAUCCCAUGGAGAUCGAGAAAGCCAAGAAAGUUCUCAAAGAGCAUGAACAGGCACUGGUUGAUGCAAUUGCAAGACUUGAAGAUGCAUCUGACGGUGAAAGUGAUGAACAUACAUUCUCUCAAAGACAACCAAUAGACCAAGAUCGAGGAUGGAGAAAACGGCAGUAUGAUGAAAUGGCCGAAGGUCGGGCAGUCGAUGGUGCAAAUGGUAAUAAAAUGACAAGAGAGGGUAGAAUUGCAUCGGACGAUCAACGUUUUGAGGGCGAUGACAUAUGA